AUGCCGGAGACAGGUGUAUGCUGCGUGGAAAGAAGAUUUCUAGCCAAUGAAGUGAACAUAGAGGCAAAGCAAUUCGAUGGCUGUGGCAUAAUAUACUGUCGGACCAGGGAUGGAUGUCAAGAGUUGGCAGAGGAACUAACACGCAGAGGGUUGGAAGCCAAGGCUUACCAUGCAGGGCUUAAGAAUUCAGAGCGCACUGUGGUGCAGGAGGAGUGGAUGGAAGGCAAAGUGCCUGUGAUUGUGGCAACCAUCAGCUUUGGGAUGGGUGUAGACAAGGCUAAUGUCAG